AUGGAUGCCAGACGUCAUGUGGAGUCAACCAUGGGCCUAGGAGCACCAGACUUGCAGGAUGGUGGGGUGCAUGCGGAGCGUGUGUGUGAGCUGCAGGAGAGAAAACAGAGUCUCCAGACUGCCCUCUACAGCCGGCUCGGUGAACUGCGCAGAAUAUGCCUACUGGAGGCGGAGCUGACGGGAAAGCUGCCGAGAGACUUCCCUCUGGAGACGGGAGAGAGACCACCGCACAUCACACGCAGACCUCCACACACACAGGAUGAGGGGGGCCAGAGGCGCCAGGUGAAGACUCUGUUUGGAGGAGCUCUACGCAGAAGCACCGACGCAGACAAGAGGACUGUACACAGGGGAUGCCAUACAGAGGAAACUAUGAAAUCAGAGAGCAGCUCCAUGUCAGACUCAACAUCACAGGACAACGAGUGGUCUCCCAGCGUGGCGGUGGAGCAGCGGUCCCUGUCACACCCCCGUCUGGCGCCCCCUAGCCCCGACACACACACACACACCCUCUCACACACCCUCUCACACACACUCUCGCCGCUGGACAGCCAGCUGCUCACACUCUCCCCUCUGGAACCUCACAGCAGGGCACGACGCAACUCAACAUCCAGCUCCAUCAGUCCUAGUCAUUCUCUCCCCAGGAGUGCGUCCAAUGCAGAGGGCCGCAGUGUUCCAGCCACGCCCCUUUUGCCCCGCACCCAGCCAAUAGGGAUCCACCUCAGGCCCGAGGCAGUACUGCAGCAGUGGUGUGGCAGUCCUGACGUCCCCCAGCUGGUUCCCUUGGCGUGUAUGGAAGGUUCCGCAUCGGAACGUCGCGGCUGUCCGUACGGCUCUCGAGCGCGGCGUAGCAACAGCUCCGAGGCGUUGCUGGACCGCUCGGGCCUCGAGCCCGUCCCCCCGCGCUCCGGCAUGCCCCCCCGCACCGGCCCCUACCGCAGCUCCGAGGCGCUGACGGACGGCAAGCUCAGCCAAUACCGUUGCAGCCCAGAGCGAGCGGGUGGGAUGGGGGUGGGGGGGCGUGAGCAGGGCCGUACGCGCGCCUCCGUCGGCGGGGGCUACAGCGAGAUCCUACUGGACUACAUCUGGGCCAAAGCCCCCCCUCUCCAACACCCACACCUGUCCACCGCCGCACCACCCCCACACCUGUCCCGCUGGCCCGACACCUGUCCCCCUCCCUACAGUCCCCUGCUGUUGCGUGGAGCCCAGCCCCUGUCCCCCCACGACCCACGCAGGUCAAAGGUCACACGCACCAAGUCAUGCGGCCCCUUCCUGCCAGAGCCCCUUCUCCUCGCGGCCCCCCUUCCCCCUCAGCACCCACCGCGACCCCUGCCCCUCUCCCUGCCCCCCGAGGACCUCCCCACCCGCACUCUGCACAAGGCCCUGGCCCUUGAGGGCCUCCGGGACUGGUACCUGCGCAACACCCGGCACGCCCCCCAUGACCCACGGCACUCUGCCAUUGGCUCUCACGACCCACGGCCGCCUCCCAUUGGCUCUCACAUGACGCAGUCCGUCUCCUUCCACGGCUACCCACUCCAGGGCAGGUCUAUGGAGCUGUCUUGUUUCCCGGAGCCGUUUCCCUCUCAGCUGCAGGAUGGAGCUUCAACAGACCUCUCCUCUGACAACCCCUCCCCAGGAACACUGUCAUCUUCAGCACCUCAGCAGCACCUGACUCCUGGUGCUGGCCACCUGCCACUCAUUUUACAACCUGAGCUACAACCACCUGAGUCACCUGAGCAGCGGGCCACUGUCUGGACCCGAGUCAACUGGGCAGUGAGCAGCAUCAUCAGCCUGUUGGCCACCUGUGUGCAUCUAGAGAACAUCGGCUACUUGACCAGAAACAGCAACCUGACCAGAGCUCAACCAGACAUCAUCAGCUCCAUAAGCAUCCACCUCACGUUGCGUAGGCUUGCCUGGGCCCCAGCAGGUCCAGAGGCUUCCAAUCAGAGCCAGACAGCAGAGGACCUGAACUACUGGGUCCCACAUGACUACAAGACAUCUCCAACAGGUCGCACACAACAGACAACACCUCCAGUUGGGAAGUCUUGCCAGUGUAGCAGACCUCCUGUUGAGGUGCUGCUGGCCUUCGGGCCACCUGUGUCCUGUGUGAGCUCUGCAGGGCUACCCGUGUACUGUGCCACUGUGCUCAAACCUGAUUUAUUCCAGCUGGCGAGAGUCAGGUUGACUGUGCUCAGCUCUGCCAAGCGGACUCAGCGUUUGCUGCUGCCGCCACUGUCAAGGCCCAGAAACUGA